AUGUCCGUGAUUCGUGACUAUGUGGCACUGGAAGCGCUCUCCAGUAGUCAAAGUUCAACAGCGGUAACGCAGCAUCUGUUGGAACUUUAUGUUGCCGCGUGCAAGGUAGCCCAUAUCCUCGCGCGUUUGUCCGCCCACCCCCCGACGCCACCACUGAAACGAGUUCACAACAAUAAGCACACAAACGUUCAAGUAUCAUGCAAUUCUGUUGCAGUGAGAGCGGACGCGCACAGCCUAGACUUUGACUUCAACCGUCUCCUGUGGCCACAAACACGUCGCACCGAUACUCAGGAGUCAGGACCGAAGGCCGACUCGGGGGGCGCAUACAAACGCUUACAAAGCUAG